AGCACAAAAGAAUUUUUCACUAAAAUUUUUGUAAGAAAAUAAUGAAAAACAUUAGUGGUAGUAAGUGGAAGGGUCCCACAACAACACAAGGAACGAAUUAUCAAAAAGAAACACAUGCAUGGUCCCGAUCCCGAAGAUGAGUGCACCACAUCUCGGAUGCCCCCUCACCCCUCCAAAUGUCAAGUUUUUUUUAUUUUUAAAAUGAAAUACAAACAAUUAAUUAUCUCAUUUCAUAUCAAUCAAACCACUCUUAUUUUCCUCAAAGGCCCUAUAAAUUAAGCCACUCUCUCAUAAAUCCAUUAAUGGCGGCUCUAAGAACCUUGCUUACGAGGAAACCCAGUCCUACUGGAAAUGCUACGGACAAUAUUAAGUAUUGUAGUAUGGCAUUGAAGAAGCUUUUUUCAACCCAAUCCAUUACGGAGUCCUCCUCUUCUUCGUUUGCUCAACGACUCAGAGAUCUUCCCAAAGAUCUCCCCGGAACCAAUAUCAAAAAGGAAGUUUCUCAACUCAUUGGAAGAACUCCUCUAGUCUAUCUUAACAAAGUUACUGAAGGCUGUGGAGCAUAUAUUGCUGUUAAGCAAGAGAUGAUGCAACCUACAUCUAGCAUCAAAGACAGACCAGCAUUUUCUAUGCUGAAUGAUGCUGAGAAGAAGAACUUAAUUACUCCCGGAAAGACAACUUUAAUAGAGCCAACAUCAGGAAAUAUGGGAAUCAGUAUGGCAUUUAUGGCAGCCAUGAGAGGGUAUAAAAUGGUUCUAACCAUGCCUUCUUACACGAGCUUGGAGCGCAGAGUAGUCAUGAGGGCAUUUGGUGCUGACUUAAUACUCACUGAUCCAACCAAGGGUAUGGGAGGAACCGUUAAGAAGGCGUACCAACUUCUGGAAUCUACUCCUGAUGCUUUCAUGCUCCAACAAUUCUCAAAUCCUGCUAACACUCAGGUACAUUAUGAAACUACGGGCCCUGAGAUAUGGGAGGACACGAGUGGACAAGUCGAUAUCUUUGUUAUGGGAAUUGGUAGCGGUGGCACUGUCUCUGGGGUUGGACAGUAUCUCAAGUCCCAAAAUCCCAAUGUUAAGAUAUAUGGAGUAGAGCCUUCUGAGAGUAAUGUACUUAAUGGUGGCAAACCAGGUCCUCAUCAUAUUACUGGAAAUGGGGUUGGAUUUAAGCCAGAUAUAUUGGACAUGGAUGUAAUGGACAAAGUUCUCGAGGUUAGUAGUGAAGAUGCAGUUAACAUGGCAAGGCAAUUGGCUUUGAAAGAGGGACUUAUGGUAGGGAUAUCAUCUGGAGCUAAUACUGUGGCAGCCCUAAGGCUUGCAAAAUUGCCGGAGAACAAAGGAAAACUUAUUGUGACUAUUCACCCAAGUUUCGGAGAGAGAUACUUGUCAUCUGUGUUAUUCCAAGAGCUGAAGAAUGAAGCUGAAAACAUGCAACCAGUUUCAGUUGACUGAUACUUGAAAAGGAUCACCCCCAAAAUUAUUCAAAGCCCUUUCCUUAGUGAUGCUUAUGCAAUUUUAUUUGUCAAUCUCCAGUUAAUUUGAGUCUUUGUAAUGUAAAUUGGUUAUUUUAUUGAUAUUUGCAAUAAGAAUUUGUUUUUAUGCUCA